AUGAGUACUGUCGUGUGUAAUGAGUGGGCGUGUGCUCCCGGUGUCCCGCCCACGCCCAAGCGCCGCCUUAUAAACCUGAUGGACAUGACACUCACCAUCACGCCCACCCUUGUCCCCGCCCACGCACAGCGCAUGGCAGACAUCUCACAACCUCCCCCCCACCCGCCCAAACGCCUCCCCUCCCAAACCACGCCCACCCACAAACCACGCCCACCCUCAAACCACGCCCACCCCCAAACCACGCCCACCCUCAAACCACGCCCACCCCCAAACCACGCCUACCCCCAAACCACGCCCACCCUCAAACCACGCCCACCCACAAACCACGCCCACCCUCAAACCACGCCCACCCUCAAACCACGCCCACCCCCAAACCACGCCCACCCCCAAACCACGCCCACCCUCAAACUACGCCCACCCUCAAACCACGCCCACCCACAAACCACGCCCACCCUCAAACCACGCCCACCCACAAACCACAACCCCUCCCCUCGCGCUUCUACAACCGCCCUCUUUGGCCGCCACCAGCCGCAGCCCCAGCCGCUCGUGCCGCAGGAGCUUGCCGCGAAAACUGAAAUUAUCUCCGCGGAAAUGAAGUUAUCUCCAUGUCAUAAAUUGGACCCUUGA